UUCAAUGCGAAGGGGAGUGACGCAGUUAUUGCAAACCCAAAGCUACUCCAAGCCUCCCGCGUAUGACCUGAAAUAAACUCCGUAUAUUCCCCCGGGCUGUGGGCGUCAAACCUCGGCGGAAGAGUGCGGAGGACAACGGCGAGUGUAAGGACUGGGGCUGUAUGUGCCUGUCGCCGCGCUCCUUGGGAUUCGGGUGCCAUUCCGGUUGGAGGUUGCGGUCGAACCCCGAGGACUCGAUGCGAUAACCAGAGCGAGACAUGCCGCAGCCUAAAUCACGAAAGCUCGCCAUCCUCGGCUACCGAUCUGUAGGAAAGUCCUCUUUGACCAUUCAGUUUGUUGAGGGACAGUUUGUCGACUCCUAUGACCCGACAAUAGAAAACACGUUUACUAAAAUGAUCACGAUAAACGGACAGGAGUAUCAUCUUCAGCUGGUGGACACAGCAGGACAGGACGAGUACUCCAUUUUCCCACAGACGUACUCCAUAGACAUCAAUGGCUACAUCCUGGUCUAUUCCGUUACAUCCAAUAAAAGUUUCGAAGUGGUCCAGGUUAUCCAUGAAAAACUGCUGGACAUGGUGGGGAAAGUGCAAGUCCCCAUUAUGCUGGUUGGAAAUAAGAACGAUCUGCACAUGGAAAGAGUAAUCAGCUGCGAGGAGGGCAAAGCAUUAGCAGACUCCUGGAACGCUGCCUUCAUGGAAUCCUCGGCCAAAGAGAACCAGACGGCUGUGGAGGUUUUCCGCAGGAUGAUCCUUGAGGCUGAGAAGAUGGAGGGCGGAGCACAGCCCGGCAAGACUUCAUGCACUGUCAUGUAGAAGGAGGACACACCUGACGUGACUAUACACACGCAUACACACACACACAGAGACACAGAGGACAACUGCACUGCACUGGGAUAUCCCGUUUUACUUGAAGGCUAGCUAACGCCACUUCUCCUCCCUACGCUGGGUCCUGUAUAUUUGCCAUGAUUUUGGAUCCUAUUAUUUAUCAGUAUUGUCAUCCAUGUUUUCCUUUUAGUGUGUUUGGUGUGGCAGCGAGACGAGUGGUCUUCAUGAAUUUUAUCACAAUGCGUAUAUCAGAAAAAGCCUUUUUCCCUUCAUGUGGUCAUGAAAUUAUUUAACUCGAGAAAGCGGACAUUUCUUCUGGUGCAUUUAAUUUGUUUCCAUAUAGUAGUAAGUGUCAGCCAAAUAGUAGUAAUCAAAACAACAACAAAAAAACAUCAUCCAUUUUCUAAAGUUGAAAAUGUACAAAUGUUUUGGAUUGUAAUCAUUAAAGCCAAAAGUGAUUAUUAAAAAUUGGCUCUUUAUUGUC